AUGCACUUCAGUGGCAACACCCGACCAAUCCAUGCAAAUCGGCAUUUGCGCGUAGUCUGCAUCGGAGCAGGCCCAUCUGGAAUCUACUUGGCUUACAAAUUGAAGACUUGUUUGGUGGAUUUCACGCUGGACGUCUACGAAAAGAACCCUGAGGUGGGCGGAACAUGGUUUGAGAAUCGCUAUCCAGGCUGUGCUUGCGAUAUUCCAGCUCACAAUUACACGUACUCGUUCGAGCCGAAACCUGACUUCUCUGCCACCUAUGCAGCAGCAGGCGAGAUUCAACAAUACUUCAAGAGUUUUGUGGACCGGCACGACCUUCGGAGAUACAUUCACUGUGACCACUCAGUUGUCGGGGCGCACUGGGAUGAGCAAAGUGCAGAAUGGGUGGUUCAGGUGCAAUACACUGGGGGUGUCUUGAUACGGCGAUGUGACUUCUUGAUCAAUGGGUCUGGGAUCUUGAACUCGCCACGCUGGCCCGACAUUCCCGGUCUGCGGUUGUUCAACGGGGCCGUCAUACAUACGGCCUUGUGGGACGAGAGAGUUGAUUUGACUGGAAAGCGAGUGGGUCUUAUUGGGAUGGGCUCCUCGGGUGUCCAGAUUCUGCCAUAUCUUCAAGAGAAGGCCGCUCAUGUCACUGUAUUUGCUCGUAGUCCGACGUGGCUCCUCUCUUCUGGUGGUGGAAUGGAGUACCAUGAGUUUAGCGAAGAAGAACGGAAGACCUUUCGAGACAGUCCACAUGCUCUCCGCGAGUUUCGCCAAACGACGGAGAGAGGCCUACACGCUCUUUUUCCGGCUCUGAUUCAGGGAACGAAGACACAGCGAGAUCUGUGUUAUCUCGCGAGGGAACAGAUGGAAGGGAGCAUCAAAGACGAGGCAGUCGCGUCAAAGCUGAUCCCUAACUUCCCUCUCGGGUGCCGCCGCAUAACUCCAGGAGCGCAGUGUCUAAGAGCGUUGAAUGCACCCAAUGUGUCCCUUGUCAUUGGCAACAUUACGGCGGUUGAUCAGCAUCACUGCACCACGGCAGAGCACGAGUAUAAAGCUGACGUACUCGUAUGUGCGACCGGUUUCGAAACGUCAUAUUGCCCUCGGUUACCUAUUGUGGGACGAAGUUGCACCCUCCUUGCUGAGCAAUGGAUGCAUGAGCCUCGAUCAUACCUAGGUGUGGCAGUGAAUAACUUCCCCAACUACUUCACCUUUCUAGGGCCUAACUCCCCUUUCGGCCUAACUUCAGCACUCUUCACCAUUGAACUGCAAGGUUCCUACAUGUUGCACUUCCUCAAUCGCUGGCAAAAGGAAGGAAUACGCACCUACGAUCCUACCGCGCAUGCGGUGGAUGACUUCAUUGCUCACAAGGACUUGUUCAUGCAAGGGAGCGUGUGGGGUUCUUCCUGCCACUCAUGGUACAAAAACAAGUCUGGUAAGGUGAUUGCUCAGUGGCCCGGGAGCUCUCUGCACUAUAUGGAAGCGUUGGCGCAGCCCCGCUACGAAGACUUUCACAUUACGUAUGCCGGCGGCAACCGCUUUGCGUACUUGGGCAAUGGAAUUAGCCAGACCGAAGCGAAGGAGGAUGUGGACUCGGCCUAUUACAUUCGAGACGAGGAUGAUGGGGAGUCGAUUUUUCGGGGUCUCUUGAGUAAUGUCAACAUCAAGGACACAAGGCAUAUGCUAGAAUAA